UUUAAUUCGGGGAAUUACACACAAAUAUUUGCUAUAAAUAGAAGCGUAUUUAAUAUAAUUGAAACGUCGUGCUAUAAAUGAUCAAGAAUAUUUAUGUUAGUUUUCAGUAACUGAUUUGAAUUGAAUUUAUUCGUUGAUCGUCUUCCAAAGAAAAUAAAACCUCUAUUUUUACCACCAUGGAGAAUGCCAGUAAUAUCGCCAAUAAAUCUCUUCACAAAUAUCCACAAGUUAAAAAUUUUCUAGAAAUCUUAACCAGGAAUAGUGUUAUUGAAACCAAAAAGGUGGGACGUGCAUUCGAUUAUCCUGCAGGCAUAAUAAAAAACAAACUUUUCAGCAAUUAUGGCAUAUUUAUGGAUUAUUUUAUACGUAAAGUACUCUCCAAUCAAUAUCAAAUACCACUAACCGAUGAUGUUACCGAACUAGUACUAAAAGAACCGGAUACUUACUUUAAGGAUGGUGCCAAAAAUUCCUACUUAUCAAAAGCAAUAUCAAAUCAUUAUGAAAUUUUUAAAGAUUCCAAAACUCAAGCAAUGGACAUUCUAAAAAGCAUUAAAUUGGUUUCUUUAACAUAUACCUUAUCCUUUCACGAUCCCCUACCAAAAGCAGAAGUCGAAAGUGACAACGAAAGUCUGCAAGAGAUCAUAAAAUAUUUUAAAAAUCUUCCUUAUUCCCAUGUCGAAAUGAAGGCAUCGACCAACUGUAAAUACUUUGAGGGAAAUGCUGAUUUAAUAUUUGAUCAAGAAGUAUUGUAUGAAAUAAAAACUUCUAAAUAUUCAUCACUUUCUCGUAACCAUAAAAAUAUCCAUGUGACAAAUUUCUAUAAAUUGAUUUUAUAUGGUUUUGGUUAUUAUAAGAAAACGGGUAAAAUUAUUAAAUGUUUUAAGAUCUAUAAUCCUUUGCUGGGUCAUGAACAUACCCUUAAACUUGAUGAUAUUGAUAUGAAACAUUUUGAGCAAGUUUUAAGUAAGAUGUAGAAAAUAAUAUCUUUACUUUUUUAUUGUUAUAUUAUAGAUUAUUUCAGUUUAUAAACUUUUUAUGCCAUUCUAAUAAAAAUGUUUUAAAACUA